GUGUGGGUAGAGAAUAUCAAUAUACUUAUGACGCGAUAAAAAAAAUUGUAAAUGAUUCUUGGAUUUAUAAUUAUUUGGAUAUACCUCCAUAUUUUGCUGAUAUUUAUGAUACUACUGAUGGUUUCUUGAAAUGUGGAGUGGAUGCUGAUGAUUUCUUUGUCUUUUCGGAAUAA